CAGUGUCCCCUCAGUGUCUCCUCACUGUGUCCCCUCAGUGUCCCCUCUGUGUGUCCCCUGGGCUGCUGCUGUGUCCCCUCACUGUGUCCCCUCAGUGUCCCCUGGCUGUGUCCCCUCAGUGUCCCCUGGCUGUGUCCCCUCGGUGCCCCAGGGGUUCUCUGUCCCCUCUGUUUGUCCCCAGGCUGCCCCCCCAGCACCCCCAGGGCUCCUCAGUGUCCCCUUGUCCCCCCAGGGAUCCUCUGUCCCCCUCGGGGUGUCCCCUUGGUGUCCUUCAGGGCUUCUCUGUGCCUUGUCCCCUCUCUGUGUCCUCCCAUGUCCCCUCCUGUCCCUUGGGGUCCCCUUGCUGUCCCUGCAUGUCCCCUCCUGUCCCUGCCAUUGUCCCCUCAGGGCCCCCCCCCAUGUCCCCUCCUGUCCCUGCAUGUCCCGUGCCAUCCCUUUGGGGACCCCCAAUGUCCCCUCCUGCCCCCUCCUGUCCCACCUGGGACCUCCCCUGUCCCCUCCUGUCCCACCUGGGUCCCCCCCUCUCCCUUCCUGUCCCACCUGGGACCCUCCCUGUCCCCCCCUGUCCCACCUGGGUCCCCCCCCUGUCCCACCUGGGUCCCCCCCUGUCCCCUCCUGUCCCACCUGGGUCCCCCCCUGUCCCUCUGUCCCCCCUCCCCGUGUGGCCCUGCAGGAGGGGGGUGUGGGGGUGCUGCUCCUCCCGGGACCCCCAGCCCCUCCCGGUGCCCCCACCCCCACUCGAGGGGGUUUGGGGGGGGUCGAGGGGUCCCUGGGGGGGUGGGGUGGGGGAGGGGGGUGGCUCUGUCCCGGCCCCCUCCCCCCCCCCAACGUCGCCCUUCUCUUCUGUUUGUCUUUGUAGAAAUCUGUCUUUCAGGUUUGCCAGAAGGAACCCGCACGAGCCCGAGAGCAAGGACAGGGUGGAGACGCUGAGACCGGCCGUGGGCCCCGACAAGGACCCCCGGGACGCCGGCGCUCGCGACGCCAAACCGCGCUCUCUGCGUUUCACGUGGAGCAUGAAGACCACGAGCUCCCUGGAGCCCGGGGAGAUGCUGCGCGAGAUCCGCAAGGUCCUGGACGCCAACAGCUGCCGCUGCGAGCCCCAGGAGCGCUUCGUGCUGCUCUGCGCCCACGGCAGCCCCGGCCACGACUCCUUCGUGCAGUGGGAGAUGGAGGUGUGCAAACUGCCCCGGCUCUCCCUCAACGGCGUCCGCUUCAAGCGCAUCGCCGGCACCUCCAUGGCCUUCAAGAACAUCGCCUCCAAGGUGGCCAACGAGCUCAAGCUCUGAGCCACCGCCCCCCGGGCGCCGGGGAGGGCCCCCGGGGCGGCCGCCGAGCCCGAGCUCUGAGCCACCAUCGCCACGGAGCGACUCCGAGGUGGGCACCGCGCUGCGGGUCGUGGGCACGGACGCUGUGACCCGGGAGUGCCUCCGGGGUGGCCACCGAGCUCGAGCUCCGAGCCCCGCGCGGGGGAGGGGACCCAGAGCGCCUCCGGGGCGGCCACCGGGCUCGGAGUCGUGGACACGGAUGUGGCAACCCGGGAGCGCCUCCGAGGCGGCCGAGGAGCUCCGAGUCGUGGACGUGGUGACCUGGAGCCCUUCGGAGGUGGCCACGGAGCUCUGAGCUGUGGACGCGGACGUGGCAACCCGGGAGCGCCUCUGGGGUGGACAAGGAGCCCAAGCUCUGAGCCACGGACAGGGAGGGGACCCAGGACACCACAGUGGCCACCAAGCUCCAGGUCACGGACACGGACCGGGAGGGGACCCGAGACACCUCCAAGGUGGCCGAGGAGCUCCAAGUCAUGGACGUGGAUGCGGUGGCCUGGGAGCACCUCCAAGGUGGCCACUGAGCUCUUGAGCCAUGGACACGGCCAGGAGGGUCCCCAGGGGGGACACGGGAGCACCGGAUGGACCUGGGACCUCUGGGGAUCACCUGGAUGGACCCUCUGGGGGGUCCAGGUAUUCAGGGGGACGUCCUGGAUGGACCCACGGUCACCUGGAUGGGCCUGGGACCUCUGGGGACGUUCUGGGGGGUCCAGGGCCUUGGAGGAUGUGGGGACAUACUGGAUGGACCUUUGGGGACAAGUGUCCAGGCCUGGAUGGCCCUGGGACCUGUUUGGGGACACCCUGGUGGCCCAAGGACUGUGGGGAUCUUCUUGGGGGGAGGUGACGAGGUCCUCCUGAGGGUGGGGGGAUGUCCUGGGUGGUCCAGGGACCUCUGGGGACAUCUGGGCUGGAGCUGGACCCCGUGGGGACGUUCUGAGGGGUCCCGGGGACGUCGUGGGAGGAUCAGGGACCUCGAGAAGACUUGGGGACAGCUGGGGAUGGCCCAGGGCCACGUGGGGACAUCCUGGGUCACCUGGGGACAUCCUGGUGACCCCCAGGGACGUCCCGAGCCUUAUGGGGGGGGGACAUGGGGACAGUCCCCUCCCAGGCCCCCCCCCAGGUGGCCUUAUGGGAGUCCCCCCCCCUCUGUGGGGACAUGGGGUGUCCCCUCGUGCCCCUCCCCCCCCAGGGUGUCCCCCAGCCCCUCCCCCCGCACUCAGGAAGGCCCCGGGGGGGAGGGGCGGGGCCGCUGCUGCUCCCGGGGGUCGCCCCCCCACCCCCAAAUUUUGACCUGCUGUAGCCCCGCCCCCGGCCGGAGGGGUGGGGACAUGCCCAGGGGAGGGGCUGAGCUGUGGCCACGCCCCUGGCCACACCCCCUCCGCGGUGGAUUUUCCAGGUUCUAAUUAAAAACUUUCCAGAAAGA